AUUAAUGCAUGAUUUACAAAUUAUAAAGAUCAAUUAUGGUAUACUAGUAUGAAUAUAGACAAGGGAAUUGAUAAAAAUUAGAUAGUAUUUAACAUGUGCAAUCAUAAUACCUUUAUUAAUUAUUAGAGUUAUUAAGCAAAUUCAUUACUAAAAAUCGAUGUGAUGAAGUAAGAAAUUUACACUGAUGUACAUAUAGUGAACUGUUUGUCAGAUUUAUUUAUAUUUUUUAUUUACUUCUAUUUUGUGAUUUUUGAUUUAUAAAAUAUUUUUUGGAUAUAGUAUGUACACAUGAAGAGAGGUGAUACAUUUUUUUACAUAAGUACUUUAUUUUUUGAGAAAAAACCAGCAGUUGUUUAUGCAGGCUUCACAAGGAUGUAUAUGUGAAUUUUGUCACUUAUUUAUACAUCAGGCUGUACAAAGCUAUUUUGGUAGCAGUUAAAAAAUUAUAGAAAAAGAAAUGAAAAUGUAUAAAAAAAUAUAUUUUACACUAUAUUUGUUAUAAAAUUUUGUAAUGCAGAAUUUAAGAUCGUUAUUGUUAUACAUAAAAAAAAUGUAUGCACAUAAAAUUGUAUGCAUAAUAUGCAUGUAAAUAUUAAUUAAAAAUUAUAAGCACGAAUGCACAAACGCAAUAAACAUAAAUCCAAACAAUGAAAUGAAAAUAAAAGUAAUUGUUGAUUUAUAUAAAAUACCGUUAUUUAUUUCUCCUUUUUUCUAAGUAUUCUAUAUGUGGAUGAAAAACAUUGAUGAGCUUUGAAUGCCGAUUUUCGUGAUAAUUAUUUAUUAUUUCAGUAAUAUAAACGAAACAAUUUUAAUUUAUGGAAAUUAUUAAAAGAACAAUUUAAUUAAAAUUCAUCUAUUUUGGUUCUUCAAUAAGCCUAACAAAGUGUAAAAUUUAUAGUGAUAGCAAAUAAGACAAAUUUUUUAUCGUUUUCGAAAUAGAAAAGCGGAGUAAUAAAAAUAUAAAAUACUUACCUUCAUAAGCAUCACUUCGAAAGGAACCGCGCUUCGAAAACUGGUCCGCACGUUCAGCUGUAUGUAUGUAUGUAUGUAUAUAUAUAUAUACACACAUAUAAAAAUAAAUAGGUACAUGUGACCUAUAGUCGCUUGCGCAGGCGCGAGGUUAUCCCCCAGGCCAAUAUAGGUGUAUCACUACAUCAGACAGUGUCUGAUGUGUGUCUAUUCGUAUAUUGUAUACAAGUGUGUAUAGUAUAAGUAUAGAUAUAGCCGCGCGCGCGGGCGAGACAUUUUCGGGGCCGUUCGCGCAUAAUUAUAGGUAUAGAACGAACGCAGCAGAGCGAGAGGCGAGUCGAACGAAAACGGAGAGCAGCGCAUAGUGAGGUACUGAAGUAUACUUAUAGGUAUACACGUAAAAAAGAGUCAGUCAGCCAGAGCGGAGCAGUAUAGCCAGAGAGAGUGAGAGAGAGAGAGAGAGAGGAGAGAGCAAUAGCUAUAUAUACACCCAUACACCUGCGCCCUAGUCGCUGGUACUGCUGCUACUGCUGCCUCGUCGUUUUCAUAUCAAUUCGAUCCGUCGUCCUCGUCCAGUGCAACUUGCAUCCGUCGUCGAUCCCAGCAGAUCAACAGCCCAGGAUUAGCCGCGAUGGGAAACGAGAGCUCGCUGCCCAUGGAGCUGUGCUCGAACUUUGAUGCAGAUGAAAUUCGAAGGCUGGGUAAAAGGUUCAGGAAACUGGAUCUUGACAAUAGUGGGGCUUUGAGCAUUGACGAAUUUAUGUCUUUGCCUGAGCUGCAGCAAAAUCCACUUGUCCAACGUGUAAUAGAUAUUUUUGAUGCUGAUGGUAAUGGAGAAGUAGAUUUUAAGGAAUUUAUUCAAGGAGUAUCUCAAUUUAGUGUGAAGCAGGGUGAUAAAGAAAGCAAGCUUCGGUUCGCGUUUAGAAUCUACGAUAUGGACAAUGAUGGUUUUAUAAGCAAUGGGGAAUUGUUCCAAGUGCUAAAGAUGAUGGUGGGAAACAAUUUAAAGGAUACUCAAUUACAGCAGAUAGUUGACAAAACAAUACUUUUUGCUGAUAAAGAUGAGGAUGGAAAAAUUAGUUUCGAGGAAUUCUGUUCGGUUGUCGGCAAUACUGACAUUCAUAAGAAGAUGGUGGUUGAUGUUUAAUUAAUCAAAGCUCUUAAAAGCGUGUAAAAAUUUAAGUACUAAUAAGCGCGAUAAUUUGAUUGGGUGUUAUCAUAAAAUAUCAACUUUCCCCUUUUUUAACAUUUCUAUCAUUAACAAUCCUUGAUUUUUUAUACUUUGUCGAUUUUUAACUGUACUUGCCUUUAAAUCAUAUAUUUUUCUUGCCAACUGCCUUAUUUUUCUACUCGCAACUUUUAAAAGCUAACGAUAACGAUAUGUGCAAUAUUUUUAAAUAAAACAAAUGUUUGACUGCUAUCAAGUGUGCAAUCCAAGAAAAUGCUGUGUUAAAGCAGAUAUUCAAUUGUAAAAGAAAGUCAAUUGAUCUGCUUAAUCAAGCCAAUAAGUUUUAUGAUAAUGCCCAAUCCUUACUUGUAUGUAUAAGUGAAAAGCAGAUCUAUUUAAAUAAUAGGACGAGAAGAGUUAUAAAAUGAUAAAAAGUAAAUAAAAAGCAAGUGAUUGUCAUCUUUCAUGAAUAUCAAUGAAUUCAUUUUUAUGAGAAUAUAUUAUAUUAUAUAUAUGAAAUAUAUUAUAAUACCACCACUACGACUUUACUUCGAUAGCGUUAAUUGUCAUUAUUUAUAUAUGUAUAACAAUCUCUUCUUGUCCCUUUAUAUGCUAGGCACUCUCGCUAAAAACAAAACAAAAAACAUUAUACAAUUAAUCUUUAAGCACUCUCUGCUCGAAUCAGUCACCGAGUCAGGGUUUCGUUACAGCCCUUAUGUACCUUAACUUAUUGUUACCUGCGAGAAUACACUUGUAUUGUAAUUUAUACAUAUAUAUAUAUAUAAAAAAAGUAAAAGUUAAUGAGAGCGUUGCAGGGCAUACACAUUUUUUGUAAAAUCGUCGACGACUCUUCUUGAUCGACUCAAAAAAAGUAAUGCAAAUAACAAAUAUGUAAGAGCUAAAUGCGACAGAGUUGUCGGAAAACUACGCGCAAAGUUUUAGGUUUUCGCCUGUCUCGUAUCACGUGCCUGCAAGGAAAGUGAAUAAAUUAAUGUUGUCAUUGAUUCGCAACACAAUUUCAAAAGACGAUUAUUUUCUAUACUCAUUGGUGCUAAAGUUAUCGCCGUAUAUAUCGCAUUGCUGCACGUACAUAAUCAGUUUAAUUAUUAAAAACAAAAGAAUGCUUCUAAGUUUUGUGAGAUAGUCAUAACAUAUUUGAUCUGUUGAUUUAUAAACUUGUUUAUAAAGAACAAAAAUCGAGAAAACGGUGUGAAACUUUAUGACGCAAUGAUGUAAGUGCCGAAAAAAAUUUAACAAAAUUUGCUGGGGAUAAAGACAACUAAUCAAUGAAAAUAGUUUACAUAGUCGACCUUGAUUUUACGACACCCUAUACGCAUUGAACAAAAAAAUGUUUUCUCAAACUUUCCAAUGUAAAGCACUUUUAAAAGCUUGGGGAAAAACUUUUUGAAGGAAACUGUUAAUCCAGCUAUAAAAUCAAUCUUACUUAAAUGUUAAUAAUUAAAACAUCUUCGACAUUCAUUCGCAUCAGAAUUAAGUAACUUUUUUUUCAAAACAUUUUGUUCUUAUUUGAGUUCAUCACACUUGUUGAUUGUAAUCAUUUCAAGAGCUUGAGUUAUUUAUUUUAUCGUUUAUAUUUCUUAUUCAUCGAAUCAUUGAAAAAAAUAUCAGUGCAAUGCUAUAUACAUUUUUUGUUUUGUUUUGUUUUUGGAAUUUUGAUUGUUAUGGCAUAAUUUAUACUUUAAAUGUUAAGCAUGUCAAAUUACGAUGAAUUUAUAAGUCUGUAAACAUUAUUUAGCCGGUUUUGUUUUAAAAAUUUAUUUCUUUUAUUACAAUGUUUCAUAGUCGUGGGUAAAACGCGAUUGAAUUAUUGCAUUAUGAUAUGUGCACGUUUUCGUUUGCAAUAUUUUGAAUUAUUGCCAGUAACAAAUCCGUACGUACAUAAUUUGUUAGAGGAUUGUUUUGUAUAAAUAAUUUUCAAUUAUUAUUUCGUGAAUACGGAUUGCAGAGGCCAUAUUGUUUUUAUACUUAUAUAUUUCAUUUUUACGUUCAUGCCCACAUUUGCGAUACUAUAUACAUUGUUUUCGCUCAAUUGUAAGCAUAUUCUUUAUAAUCGCUAGGUUUUUCCUUUUAAAUCUUGGAUUGUUGUAUCGGGAUAUUUAUCGUUAUAUUAUUAUUAAUAAAGAGUAAACGGUGUAUUACGUCGCAACUAUAUUUUUUCGUUUAAUCAGCCUGUUCAUUCAUACUUGAAUUCAUAUAGUGAAGAAAAUAAAUGAUAUCAUAUCUCAAUCGUCGAAAACUUGCCUGAGGUCUUGUGUCGAAACUGUGAACCUACUAAAUUUUAUAUUCGUGCGUGCGCGUGUUUUCGCUGAAGAAAAGAAAAAAGUAGAUCAGAAUAUAAGAAAAUAAUUAUUGCCAACUCAUAUGUAUAUCAUCUGUGCAAGUAAGAGUGGGGGUGUUUGCAAGAAUGCUUGAAAGGAGCAAUUAUAUAUAAUUGUAUAUAGCCGUAUGUGUUCAUGGAUGCUUACAUAUAUAAUUAUAUAUAACUGUUGUACAAUAGAAUAUAGCAGCAGUUUUAAACAAGUUUUUUUUUAAGUCAGUGCAUAGUUUUUCAAAAUUGUUCUCGAUUGAAUCUCCCAAACAGUAUAUAUACACACAUAUUAUAAACCAGGCAGAAUUGUGUGAAUAUUUUUUGUUUCCCGAUGAGAGCGAGCCGAUUCAAGUUGGAAAACGGGAUAGACAAGGGCACGAAACGAUACAUUUUUCCCGGCUGGACGUGCAUACAGUCUCAUUUUAUCGCGCAUCCGAGAGGAAGAGAAAAUAGUUAAAA